GUACCAACAGAGAGGAGGCUACUCUAGCUUGGGACCUGGAUUGAUGCUACGACUCAGUCAGCCUCACAUUCUGGAUUCUCUUUCACAAAUUCCCUUCUGUGAUCUGUCCAUAGGUGAUAAAUUGGCUAUUCUAUCUUGUCUCAUCAACCAGAUUCUCACCUUCUCUGCAGUUCGGGAUGUUAUCGACGAAAGAAUGGAUAAAAUCAGACAGGGCAAGGUAGAACUGCGUAGCCUGCAUGCCAAUGACAAAAGAAGAGAACAAGAGGCCUAUCAAAAGUUAAAGGAUGGUGAAUGGACAGUGGAACAGCUAGAGAAAGAGAAGGAAUUGCUGCAUCGGAGGAAGCAAGAUCAGAAUCGGCGACUCAGAGAACUGAAUGAGGAAAACCAAAGCAAUCAGGUGUUACCAUUGGGCCAAGAUCGAGCUUACCGGAGGUUCUGGCUAUUCACAGCAAUACCAGGCCUGUUUGUAGAGCACGAUGACCGACAUGCUGGUACCUGCCUGCCCAAGGGAACACCAGCUUUGGAUUUGGGACUGUUGAAUGGUGAAGAUCCAGAAAUGUAUGUGAAGAGGUUGUUCGAACAGGGGAGCAACAAGGAGAACUUGUUGAAAUCACCAACAAAGACACCGAUAACACCAACUAAAACUCCUUCCAAGGCUUCUCUGCCAAAGACACCAACCAAAGGAGCCAGUCCGAGCAAGGUGGCGGAAGAUAAGAUCCGUAGACCUCUGACUUGUUGGGCAGACUCUUUGUGUCCUGUACACUCGGACCAGGGCGAGCGGGUGUGUUGGGCGUUCUAUCAGGAUGAGGCUGCGGUUGAUGAGCUCAUAGCCAAGCUCAACAAGCGUGGCAUGCGUGAACAUGCUUUGCAAGCGACACUGGAGGACGAGAGAGAGAGGAUUGUACAGAGCAUCACCAAGUGCCCCAUAUCCAGGCUCAACACGAAUCUGUGUCCAACAUUAGAAACUCGCAAAAGUUCAAGAAACAAUCCUCGGUAUGAUAAUGCCAAUCUAAAUUUCCCUCCUGGUACUCCGUCAGAAGAAAUCCUGGAGUCUGUUCUGAGAGAUCUGAUAUUGGAAACAGAAGAGAAGAUCAAUGACGGAUGUUUAGGUUCACUUAAGGUACAUGACAGAAAAGCCUGGAGAGAGGCUAUUGCUAACAGCUCAUAUGAUCAGCAGUGUGAGAAACUUGUUUGGGGAGGAAGUAGUAGAAACAAUUCCCAAGGGGAGACGAGCAGCGACAUUGGAGGGGAGGAGGAAGGUCAGAGUCGGCCAGGCACCCCAAGCUCUGACACCAGUUUCAGAGACUUGCAGCUGGAUGCAAGUAUAGAGCAGAAGACCAAGGUGCGAGACCUUGCAAGUGCAAUCCUGCAGCUGGAACAGAGUAUAGACCUCAAGUACCUCAAAAGGCCUUUAGGAAAAGAAGAGAAGAAGGAGAACAAUGAGAAGGGACAGAAGGCUGCUCAAGUUGCCCGGGAGAGGUGGGAAGCCUCACUGAUGACCAGCACCAGCCUCUCGCAGCUCUUUCUACAUAUCUCCACACUAGACAGUAGUAUCACGUGGGGCCGCUCGAUUCUUAAAGCGUCGUGUCGUCUGUGCCGUCGCCGCGGAGACCCAGAGAAGAUGUUGUUGUGUGAUGGCUGCAACAAGGGCCACCACAUGUACUGCCUGAAGCCCAAGCUGACCAGUGUGCCACAGGGCAACUGGUACUGCCCCAAGUGUAAACCACGUGAGAAGACCUCACCAGUCAAGAAGUCCCGCAGGAUAUUUACAGAGGAUAGUGACGAAGAUGAGGAGAAAGAGAACGAUACGGGAAAGAACCUACCAGUUGGCCAAUGCAAGGUGUGCAAAACUAAGGGUCCUGUUAUAAUCUGUGAGACAUGCGAUUCUGGAUACCACUUCGACUGUAUCGUCCCCGUGUUACGCAAGAUCCCCACAGGGAAUUGGUACUGCCAGAAGUGUAGACGGGGAUCGACUGCAUCUACCACCACCAAGAAAGAUGAAACGAGUCCCUCGUCUGAUGGCGAGCGAGCCAGCAGACGACGCAGCUCCAAGGCUGCAACUGCCAAGAUAUCUCAGUUUGCUAAGCAACUGCGGACAAACACAUGGGAAG